AUGGCCCCCUUGAAGUCACCAGGCCCCGAUGGUUUUGGUGCUUGCUUCUACCAAAACCACUGGGAAACAGUGGGAGAUGAUGUGUGUGCAACAGUACUUGAUUAUCUGAAAGUGGGGCAAUCAACAGAAAAACAAUGGUUGUCAACUCCAUCAUCCUAUUGUGUCCAAUCCCCUAUCUCAAAGCUGGAUGCUAAUGCAAAAGCCAAAGACCUGAUUGAUGAUGAGCAGAAGGAGUGGGAUGAGAGGUUUAUCAGAUCAGUUUUCAAUGAGGAAGAAGCUGAUCACAUAUACAAUAUCCCUAUAAGUAAAAGGGAUGUGGAGGACAAGCUGGUUUGGGGGAAUAAGGCAGUGGUGGGGGAAACUUCAAGGGAGGCUGAGAUAGAUAACAAGCGGAAGAAAAUAUGGGACAUGCAUAUAACUGGAAAGGUAAGAAUUUUCAUGUGGAAGGCAAGGAACAACCUUCUUGCUACUAGGAGUAAUUUGUUUCUUAAAAAAAUAGUUGAAAACCCUUUAUGCCGUAUAUGUUUGCAAGAUGAAGAGAUAAUGAUGCAUGUUCUUUGGCAUUGCUCUGCUGCUAAUGAUGUGUGGGUUGUGGCUCACAAACCAAUUCAGAAGUGGAGAGUAAAUGAAGAUGAUCUGUUAAACCUGUGGGAGGAUUUGACAGGAAAGCUCAGUAAGUGUGAGUUAGAGGAGGCAUCAGUCAUCAUAAAGGGUUUGUGGAUUAGAAUAAACGUUUUUAUUUUUGAAAACAAGUUCCUUAGCCUGAGUAGUGUUAUCAAAUUAGCCAAAGAAAAUUUAGAAGAACUCCUUUCAACUGAGGAUGGAGCAGUGGAGUCAGGAAAUCCUAGCAGUCGUGUAGAUAUGCUCCAGAAGUGGAAAGCACCAAUAGAAAACUGCUUCAAGGCAAACUGGGAUGCAACUUUUGACAUCAAGCAGAGGAAAAUGGGGAUACAAAUUAUAAUUAGAGAUGAGAAAGGGGAAGUUAUAGCAGCUUACUAUGGGUCGAAAGGCAAUGUGGAACAACCAGCCACAAUAGUGUUUUGCACUAAGGAAAGCCAUGGAACUAUACAAUGA